AAAGCGUAUGUUGGCGUCUUAACUAAACACUAAAACAAUACAUGCAAUCAACUGAGUGUUUUCAUUCAAGGGGUUGAAUGUCAAACUUUUUGUGAUCGCUAUAAAGCGCUUUUUUUUCUCUCUUUAGUAGUGUGGCGCUGCUGGAGGGGAAGCGCUAAAGACGACCGCCGCCUUAUCGGCUUCCGUACCUUAUGAAAGCUUGAAGCUAACUGCGCUCGGUGCUGACAUUGAAGACACACCAACUCAACGCGGACUCUUUUCCCCAAAUAAAACACAGGCCGUCGCCAUGGUAACGGCCAAGCGCCUCGCCGAUAUCGGCUACCGGGCCUUUUCGGGCUCCAUGAUGCUGCUGACCGUCUACGGCGGCUACCUGUGCGCCAUGCGGGGCUACCGCUUCAUGCAGAAGCAGAAGCGGCUCAAGCUGGCCGCCGAAAACCAGGACCCGGAAGUCAUUAAGGACUGAUGGACCCCCUCUAUUUCCUGCAGGACAUUGGGAUGCAAUGCAGUUGUUUGUACCAUUUAAGGUGUGUAACGGCACAGCAGCUUUCAACUAUGUAUAUGUAUGUGCCUGACACCUGUACAGGUAGCCACUAAGUCAUCCAACAAUAACAAUAAUAAUAAUAAAACAAUCACGAAACA